CACUGAUUGUAUUCUUCUAAUCUCUAUGCUGCUCAAGCCUCAGGAGCUCCUUCCCUCGAUAACACCAAUGUGGAAGAGGAAAAUGGUCGGAUUAGGAGAGGGAAGAGGAGGAGGGAUGGGGUUGGUCAAGAUUUUACUCUUUCUUCUGGCAUCCACAUCAAUGGGUUCAAUAAGAACAGAAAGCAGAUCAACAAACAAAAACUUUCUCUGCCCAAAAAAUUGUGGGAAUAUCAGCUUCGAGUAUCCUUUCGGCAUCGGCGAUGGCUGUUUCCGGACAGGCUUUAAUCUUACCUGCAGAAACAAUUCCACCAGCGCUCCCAGGCUUUUCCUGGGUGAUGGCACCGUCGAGAUAACGAGAAUUGACAUGAACAAGGGGUUGGUAUAUAUCAAUAGCACCAGACUUUUCGUCUUUUUUAAAGUUCAGGCCAUCGUUAGUUGGGUGAUCGAGUUCCAGCGUUGCGAGGAUGCUAAGAAGAACACGACCACCUUCGCAUGUGUCGACGCUCACAGCUCAUGUAUCGACACAACAAUUACUAACGACGAUGGCAAGCUUGUGGGAUACCGUUGCAAAUGCUGGCAAGGUUACCAAGGAAAUCCUUACGUGGCUACUGGAUGCACAGAUAUUGACGAGUUCAGCUCUCCCGACAAAAGGCACACUCUUGUGUUAGGUGUCAUCAUUGGUGCAAGCAACGGCAUAGGCCUAUUACUCUUAUGUUCGAGUCUCCUCAUCCUGAGAAGGAAAUGGAAAAAAAGAAAACAAAAGAAAACUAGAGAAAAAUACUUCCAUCAGAAUCAUGGUUUACUGCUACAACAAUUAAUCUCGUCUACUGAAGAUAUUAGUGAGAGAACAAAGAUAUUUUCUCUGGAGGAGAUGGAGAUGGCAACUAAUAAUUUUGAUGAGACUCGAGUGCUCGGCCGCGGCGGACAUGGAACGGUUUACAAAGGAAUUUUAUCAGAUCAACGUGUAGUCGCCGUCAAAAAAUCUAAAUAUGUGAAACAAAGUGAGAUAAACCAGUUCAUCAACGAGGUUGCAGUUCUUUCUCAGAUUAAUCACAGGAAUAUUGUUAAGCUUUUCGGGUGUUGCUUGGAAAUUGAAGUUCCCUUGUUGAUUUAUGAGUUUAUCUCGAAUGGGACUCUUUUAGAUCAUCUCCAUAUUCCAGAAGGUGACUCUAUAUUAUCAUGGGAUGAUCGCCUGAGGAUUGCUGUUGAGGCUGCCGGAGCACUCGCUUAUUUACACUCGGCUGCUUCAAGUUCGAUAUUUCAUAGAGAUGUCAAAUCAUCAAAUGUUCUCUUAGAUGAUCAUUUAACUGCCAAAAUAUCAGAUUUUGGAUCCUCAAGACUUAUUCCACUCGACCAAACUCAUUUACUCACUGGUGUACAAGGCACCUUUGGAUACCUUGACCCGGAGUACUAUCAGACCAGUCAGUUGACAGAGAAGAGCGAUGUUUAUAGCUUCGGAGUCAUUCUUCUAGAACUUUUAACAGGUAAAAAGCCAAUUUUCUCCACCGAAUAUGAACACAGACUGAAUCUAUCGAUGCAUUUUCUUCAAACGGUGAGAGCGAAUCGCCCCUUUGAUCUUAUAGAUGAUCUUGUUAUGAAAGACGCGACCGAAGAAGAGCUCAUCGACAUGAUUGGAUUAGUAGAAAUGUGUUUAAGAUUGAAAGGGGUUAAACGGCCUACGAUGAAAGAGGUGGAGGAUAAAUUACAGAACUUGAGAAGGAUCAGACUGAAAAAAACAGGACAUUGUUUGGUUAAAGGUGACGAAGAAACCGAGCAUCUGCUGAGAGACUCACCUUAUGCCUUCUCUGAAGUCGUCGACCCAGCGAAUCAAGGUACAUCCAGGAAUUAUACCUUAGAGAAAGAAUUUAUGUGGUCGGAUCAUCACCCACGGUGAGUUUGCAUUCGAUGUCCAAAUCAUUAUUGACUGCUUGAAUGCCACUGAAUAAGCUUCCUUCUGCUUGAGGAUCGUAUGUAAUGGUCAUAUGGGUAAUGUUAUGUUCCAAACUUGUUCCUAAAACAGUUUCCAUCUUAUGGCUCUAUCACAUAUAUGAUCGAGUUGGUGGGAAUGACAUGU